AUGAAGAUUUAUGGCUUGGAGCUUCCCUUUGGCAGCAAGCACCAUGCUCUGCGAAAGAAUACACCAAUGAUAGUCCUGAUGGUAACCCUUGCUCUUGUUCUUUUCACAAUUUUUCCUCUAUGUUACCCUUUGCUAGGGUACCCUUUAUAUUUAUUGAAAAAUAUUUCGAAGUCACAAAUCUCAAUAUCGGCAUCAUCUUAUGUUUCUGUGGAAUAUGGAUCCUUGUAUGUGCAUGCAAGUGAGCAGAAAUGUGACAUAUUCACUGGAGAAUGGAUACCAAAUCCUAAUGCCCCAUAUUACACAAACACAACAUGUUGGGCAAUACACGAGCAUCAAAAUUGCAUGAAAUAUGGAAGACCCGAUACAGGGUUCAUGAAAUGGAGAUGGCAACCAGAUGGAUGUGAGCUGCCUAUUUUUAACCCAGCUCAGUUCCUUGAAAUUGUUAGAGGCAAGUCCAUGGCGUUUGUUGGAGACUCUGUGGGUAGAAACCAAAUGCAGUCCUUAAUCUGCCUUCUAUCUAGGGUGGAAUAUCCCAUUGAUGUUUCAUAUACACCAGAUGACUAUUUCAAACGUUGGAGGUACCCAUCAUACAAUUUCACCCUUGCAACAUUUUGGACACCCCAUUUGGUUAAGGCUGAAGAAGCAGAUGCCAAUGGACCUACUCAAACUGGCCUCUUCAAUCUCUACCUUGAUGAAUUUGAUGAAGGAUGGACAUCCCAGAUAGAGGAAUUUGAUUAUGUGAUCAUCAAUGCAGGCCAUUGGUUCUAUCGUCCAUGUGUUUACUAUGAAAAUCGCCAAGUAGUUGGUUGUCGAUUUUGCCUCCUAGAAAAUGUGACAGACUUGCCUAUGUAUUUUGGGUAUAGAAAGGCAUUUAGGACAGCUUUUAGAGCUAUUAAUAGCUUAGAAAAUUACAAGGGUAUAACAUUUUUGAGGACAUUUGCACCACCGCACUUUGAAAAUGGGGAAUGGGAUAACGGUGGUGAUUGCGUGAGAAGAAGGCCUUUUAGAAGCAAUGAGACAAGUUUGGAGGGUGUAAAUUUUGAGCUUUACAUGACACAAUUGGAGGAGUUUAAGCUUGCAGAGAAGGAAGGAAAAAAGAGGGGCUUGAAAUUUAGGUUAUUGGACACUACACAAGCUAUGUUGUUGAGGCCAGAUGGUCACCCUAGUAGGUAUGGGCAUUGGCCUCAUGAAAACGUGACAUUGUAUAAUGACUGCGUGCAUUGGUGCUUGCCUGGACCGAUUGAUGCGUGGAAUGAUUUCUUGCUGGAGAUGUUGAAGAUGGAGGGUGUGAGAUCAUAUGAGGAGAAGCUUGAUUUAAGUGAGAGAAAAAUGAAGUUAAGAUGA